AUGCCCGCGACUGGAAACCAAAAAAGAUCCAUUGUCACACCACCGACUUCGUCCGCCAAGAUCUCUUCUACCACGAAAAAAGCAAAUCCCAAAGAUGAUGAUACCCAUCAUAUCGAUGAUUUAAUCAAGACGCCGCCAUCAGUUAAAAUAAUUCCGAUCCUCACGUAUAUGUCCUACGUGAGCUUGACUAUCAGGAACCUAUUAUCAACGUUGAUAUUCAAUUGGUCGAUGGCGUUCACUUAUCCCCUGAAUUUCUUCUUAUUGAUCACGUUGGUCCCGUUGUUAUCCAUUGCGUUGCUCGUAAUAGAAAUGACCCUUCAAAUAGGAUUUGCCCUUGGAUUAGGAAAGGUUCUCGAUGUAAUUGGACACAAGUGGGGAGAAGACUUGACCCCUAUUAAUUGGUGGGAUCCAAAAAUGUUUUCGUCGGACACGAUUGGAAUAGUAAACGAUGGAAUUUCUGCCUUGGAACGACCACUACCAGAGGCUUCUACGAGCUUUCGAAACGUUGUAUUUAAUAUUGACAUAGCAGAGCUUUUGCUAUUAAUGUCCUCCAUAAUUUAUGAAAGGAAUGAUAAGGUCGUGCACGAUGUUUAUAACAUGAUGACCGAAACGCAUUCAACCGACAAGGAUCUUAAACUGGCCGUAUCUCGACUUGAAGAAUCGGAAUCUAGGAUCCACAUCCAAGCAAAGCUUUGGGGUCUGGAAUUCAUUUCGUUGACAGAGUUGAAUUGCCUGGGUGGUCCUUUCUCAGGAAUGUUUUGCAGCAAGGAGCAUAAUUUUAUAGUGGUGGUAUUUAAGGGAACCACACCCACGGAUUUUAGUGACUAUGUGAUAGAUUUGAUGUUACAACGUGUUGACGCCAGCAAUUAUGUAUUUGGGGAGAUACACGAAGGAAUUUACACGAAUCUCUUCUCACAGGCUAAAAUCCAAGGAGUAAAAAUGAAUCCCACAAGCCCUUAUAUUACCAUAGUCGAGGCCAUUAGAGCCAAGGCCGCUAGCAUCGUAAAAUAUAGGGUGAAAAAGACACGGGUUAACGUUUGGAUCACUGGUCAUUCUCUCGGCGGUGCUUUGGCCUCUGUCUUCUUUGCAAGAUGCCUAAAAUCUCCUGAGGACUUGGGUCCCAAUUGUAUCUUGAGGGACGGUUACAUGUUCGGCUGUCCGGCAAUAGGGAAUAGUAAAUUCGCGUCUAUGUUUUCGAGUUACUCAAAUCAACCAUUCGAUCGGCCCAGUACACUCUGGAGAGUAGUAAACGACACGGACAUUAUAGCUCACUUAUCUGGAUUUGAGGAUAUCACCGUAAGUCAGGCACUCAAUAAAUAUAGCCUUCUUGAUUAUACUCACGUGGGCGAAGAGAUUAGAUUCUUCAGAAGUGGCGCAAAACCCAAAAGCACUAAAGAUGUGUUUCGCUCAACCAGUAGACGAAUUCUUGUCACAAAUGAUAAGUCUUAUUUGUCUACGACCAUGGAAGCGUUGCUGCCUCGUGGCAACCCCUUAGACGGUGAGCUAUUUAGGCAAUCUUCGGAUUAUGUAAAAGGUAUGUGGAAGAAAGCAUGCAAUAAUCCACUCGAAUAUGUGGCGAUGCUUAUACCCGCCUUUUAUGGAAACCACAUACCCGCGGAAUACUUUAAGGUAAUGCAAAAGGCUCGAAAAUACUUUGAUGCACACUCCAUUGGUUAG